GCGCAAAAGCCACAAAGCAAUAAGAACUCGAUACGCUACAUCUACUUACACGACACCAACUGAAACAGCAAUGGCAGACCAGGCCAAGUGGCAAGCGCUUAUGAAGUGGACCAUGAAGCACACGGACGGCACGACACCAACCGAGGCCACGCCCAUCUCGGAGGACAAGCGCCGAUUUCUGGAGAUGGUCAUGAACGAAGGUGUGAUUGACGAGAACGAGCGUGUCAAGGACAUUCUGCGCAUCUUGGAAGGCGAAGACCCGCGUCUUGUGUUCGCUAAGGAGGACGGAACGAUUGCCGAUGAAGACAAUAGCCCUUCGCCCGAGGAGCUGGCGCAGUACAAGGACACUCUGCUGGACGAGCUGCUGACACGCAUCGAUCAGAUCGACAACGCGCAGAACUUCGUGAAGAUGGGCGGCCUGCGCAUCAUGAUCAACGUCAUUAAGAAAUACGAACAGGCCUCAUCCCGCGCCUUGGCAGCUGAAGUUUGUUCCGUCGUUGUACAGAACAACCCGUACUGCCAGGACGCGGCCGUGGAGAGUGGACUACUGGAGGUGUUGUGCGGUCUGGCCCGCGAGGACAAGGACGUCACGUGUCGUGUGAAAGCGUUGCUUGGCAUCUCGUGUCUAGUGCGUCACCACGCCGCAGCAGAGAAGAGAUUCCUGGGAGAAAGCUGCCAGGGUCUCGAGCUUAUGCGUCAGAAUCUGGAGAGCGCCACGGACGUCCGACUGCAACGCAAGUCGCUGUUCUUCUUGCGGUAUCUGAUCCGUAACACUCGUUCGACAGCGGACCUGGUGCUGCAGAAGAACUUCUUCAUCCGGUCAGCAGCGGCGUUUAUCACCAAUGAGGAUGUGGAUCUGUGCGAGAGCGCAGUGGAGGGACUGGCAGAAUUCGCCAUGAUCGGUCCUGAUUUCAUGGCAGCGUGUAAGAAAUCCGAGUUUGAUCUCAUCGCCAAGUGCAACGAGCGUAUUAAACAGAUUGACGCACUAGAAGAUGAGGACAAGGAGUUCGCACAGGAAACCAAGACCCGUGUGGAGUACUUGAAGAAGGUAUUGACCGUCUAAGCAGACUAAUGCAAUAGAUAGAUAACUUUUGAAUACGCUUUUCCACUAUCACGUUAUUUCGGACGUCAC